UGUGCGUCACGUGGACGCGCGUCUGUAGUACGAGCGCGCAUUUGAGCGCGUGUCUAGUUUGGUGUUUAUCGCGCACUAACUAGUGAUACUGUACGGACACACAACCGGGAAUACAAGCAUUGUAAUAUGUGGAAAUCUGUGGUAGGACAUGAUGUUAAUGUGAAGGUGGAAUCGGAGGGGGAUGACUGGGAGACAGAUCCAAAUUUUGAGAAUGAUGUCUCAGAGCAGGAGCAGAGAUGGGGUGCCAAGACCAUUGAAGGAUCAGGCCGAAAAGAACACAUCAGUAUUGCAGAACUCAGGGAGAAGGUGUCCCAAGAACAUCAGGUGGUUAAGAAGCAAGAGAUGGAAAAGGGCCCUAAAGCCUCUUAUGGUUAUGGAGGAAAAUUUGGAGUGGAGAAAGACAGAAUGGACAAGGGUGCUUUAGGGCACAACUAUGUGGCAGAUGUAGAGCAGCACUCGUCCCAGACAGAUGCAGCGAAGGGGUUCGGGGGAAAAUUUGGAGUACAGAAGGACCGUGUGGACAAGUCUGCCAUGAAUUAUGAGUAUAAGGGUGAAGUACAGCAGCAUGCCUCUCAGAAAGAUUAUGCCAAAGGUUUUGGUGGCAAGUAUGGUGUACAGAAAGAGAGGGUGGACAAGGCUGCGAUGGGGUACGACUACAAAGGCGAGACUGAAAAACACCAGUCACAGAAAGACUAUGCAAAAGGCUUUGGGGGAAAAUAUGGAGUGGAAAAGGAUAAGGUGGACAAGGCUGCCUUGGGUUACGACUACAAAGGCGAGACUGAGAAACACCAGUCACAGAAAGACUAUGCAAAAGGGUUUGGGGGGAAAUAUGGAGUGGAAAAAGAGAACGUGGACAAGGCUGCCUUGGGAUAUGACUACAAAGGAGAAACAGAGAAACAUCAGUCACAAAAAGACUAUUCAAAGGGCUUUGGAGGACGUUAUGGAGUCGAGGCAGAUCGCAUGGAUAAGAGUGCAGCUUCAUUCACUGACAUGGAGUCUCCAACAUCAUCGUAUGAAAAACCUCAAGCUUUUGAGGCCUCAAGCGUCGGAGCUGGAAACCUCAAGGCUCGGUUUGAGAACAUGGCAAAGGCCUCAGACGAAGAGAACAGAAAGAGAGGAGAGGAAGAGAGAGCCAGAAGACUCGCUAGAGAGAAGAGAGAACAAGAGGAGGCUCGACGCAGACAGGAGGAGAGCAGACAUGAAGAAGAGGAAGAGAUCCAGAAGCCUCCUCCUGUACCAGCAGCCCAGAAACCCAAACAGACAUUCAGAGAACUGCCUAAAAUUCCCAUAGAUGAACCAGAGACUGAAGUACAGGUGGGGGAGCAGCCGGUCUAUGAGGAGCAGCCGGUCUAUGAGGAGCAGCCGGACUAUGAGGAGCCGCCAUCUCUGCCUCCCCGCUCUGCCGACUUCCUGGAGGAAGAGGAGCGGGAGGAACCAUAUGCUAUUUGUGCCUCUCCUCCUCCUAUACCACAAGAUGAAGAUUAUGAGGAUACGGACACAUACACUCCUGCAGCAGUUGUUGAGAAUGACUAUGAAGAUCUAAGUUGUGGACAGUCAGCCAUGGCCAUUUAUGACUACCAAGGAGAGGCCAGUGAUGAGAUCUCUUUCAUGCCAGACGACAUCAUCACUAACAUUGAGAUGGUGGAUGAGGGUUGGUGGAAAGGAACAUGUCAUGGGCGCACAGGGCUGUUUCCUGCUACCUUUGUGCAGCUCAUGUAGUUUUAAUGAUCAUUUAUGAUCAUUAGCCAUUUUGCAUGACAUUUUUUUAUCCGAUUGCAUUUUUUAAAACCAUACAAGUAUGAUAAAUAUGAACAGUACUUAAUGAAAAUUCAGAGCUUUUAGAAAAUUACUUUUUCUUGGUUGUUUUAAGGGCAUAUAAACUCUUGCUAAUGAGAAUGGCCCAUUGAAGGCAUAUGGGUAAUUGCCAAACAACAUGAACACUUUUUAUACAGUAAGAUUUUAGGCUAAAAUGUAUAUGAAUAUAUUAUGAAAUAUAUAUAUAAUGAGUCAUGGAUUAUAAAUCAUCUUCAAGUGUGACAAAUUUCUAAAAGUGCAAAUUUUUCACAUAAUCAUUAUAAUGGUAUUAGACAAAUGCUGUUUAAAAGCUUUAGACUGCAUCUAGCAUGAAACACUGCAGGAUACUGCUGUAACAGCUUAGCACAUCAACUACCGACAUAUUACAGUAUCUCCUAAAACAGUGCUGUUUUAUGCAAGGAAUUGAGAGGUUUUACAAAUGUGGAAUUGUCAAUCAACAUACAUUGAGACUGGAACUGUAUUGAGAUUAAAACUGGAAGCACUUUGCUGUUAAUUACAAUCUUCAUAUCAAUUAUUAAGACAUUGGAUCAUAUACUAGGUUUAAAAAUUAAGCCACUAAUUUAUGCAUGGGUUUGGACCUACAAUAUUGUAGGCAAUUGUGCCUUUAUUGACUGAUUCAAUGUUGUGCCUUUGUUUUAAUCACAAAAUAAAAGACAAACUUCACCAUGACG